AUGCACGGAAAGGAGGCAGUCCUCUCCUUCGACCUUGAGGAAAACGACUUUCUUUACCGGGUCCGACGCGACUCUAGGAUUGUCCAUGUUUCCGUGUUGCAUGGGGACAUAAUCCUUCCUAGAGAACGCACCGAGAGCUCGCUCAUUCUCUCUCAUUUGAGAGGUGUUCCAAAGUGGUAUGAGAAUUGGACAACCCUUACUGUUAGGAAAGGCCUGGAUGGUGUCAUUCAAAGCGCUGUCGAUGAAUUUCCGCCACACCCUUUGAAUACUAAGCUCCUGGACUCCCAAACCCCAAAUUACUUCAACAUCUUGAUCCUCGAGCGACUACACCGCAUUAGUGAUCGUGUCUCCCUGCGAGAAGUCACGACAUAUGCUUCAUUGGUGUCUCGUGGCUUUUGCUUUGCGCCGAGGGUUCUCGGGUAUGUGUACGAGGAACAGAAGGAUCCAACGAUUGCAUUCUUGAUGGAAUACAUAGUAGGGACCACACCACGGGCAAAAGAGGACUUCGGAGCCUGUGAAAAGACCAUUUGA